CGUUUUGAUAAGCGUCCGACUAUAAAAGUUCACACCGAACUAUUUGAAAAUAUCACAACAAAAUCGAAGAUGAACCAAAAGGUGUAUUCGAUUUUGUUUUGUGCCCUUUUCGCAAGCACAUUCGUCCAUGAGCUGAGGGCCAAAGGUAUAGGGCCAGUCAGCUCACACCGAUUGGACGUGUUUAGGGAAAGGGCCGCAUCUAAUCAAGUCUGCGAAUUGCAAUGCCAUUUUGAAUCCAACGUAACCGUCAACGCAGGACUUACUUUGGAAGUAGUCGAGGACGUCUUGGUGGUCGCCAACACCUCAGCCCACGUGGCUAUUUUAAUAAACGCCACCGCCCAAAUUGUGGUUUUGUUAAAUGGUACCAGUGGUGCUGGAGUCGCUAUUGACCUCUCAGCACAAACCGGAGUUUACAUUAAGACAGGCCUUUGGGUUUCGGCCAAUGGUUCUUUAGAAUCGUGGAUCGUUUCCCUCACCGGAGGAUUGAAGGCCAUUUUUAGCAUCUCCGGAGGCACCACGUUCAACUUGAAGAAGAUCUCGAAGACCAUUUAUCAAGUUAUCAAUCAAAUCGUUGGCAAGUUGGUUCUGCACAUCUCGGCGCAGUUGGAGGAUGAUAUUGAAGCGGGCUUGACCCUUGUGCUUACCAUCUCCAAAGGACUCGUAGGGUUGCUCAAUGGGUCUCUUAAAGGAUUACUUGAACUUGUAGGAAAAUUGACUAUUCAUCUGACUAAUGACUUGGCUGGACUGCUUAAUACUCUUCAAGGAGUUGGUCAAGUAAUCGUUAAACUUGUUGGAUCUUUGUCUGUCUUAAUCGAAAAGGGUGUGAAAUUGAACUUAGAACUGAUCCUAGGAGCCUCCAGUGGCCUAGAGAUCCUGAUUGCUUUGGUUUUGGAAAUUGGCAUAUCCAUAGAUAUCAGUCAGAGUCUUGGAGAACUACUUAAUGAUGCAGGGAGUUUCUUUAAGUUGAUCGCUCAGCUUGGCGGUAACGUUUCGGUUGGACUAAAUGGACUUUUUUCGAUCGUCUCUGGAAUAAUUUCCCUCGUGAACAACAACGCCACCCUGGAAGUAGUAAUCAGCGACCUCAUCCAGUUCGUCGCCUACUCCAGUCAAGAAAUCAACGUAGACCUGAGCGCACAGCUAUCAGCACUCCUCUCAGGACUAGUGAGUGUCAUCGAAAAACUUAACUUGACCACAACUCUGAGCGGAUUGGUUAAGACCCUUAAGGCUCUAAUUGCUGGCACUCUAACUAUUGGUGGAGUAAACAUUUCCGUAAUAAUCAAGAAACUGCUUACGGGAGCUCUUAAGGGAUCCUCAACCCUACUGCAGGUAAUAGUGUACGUGGUGCUACAGCUUCAAGCGGCCAUAGAAGUCUCCAAACUAAUUCCGAGUCUCUUGUUGGUGUUGCUGUUGAAGCUGAAUAGCUCAAUUGGAGUAAGGCAACUUAUACUUAUAGGAAUCAAGGUGGAGCAGCAAGGACUCGCCUCACUUAAGAAAGCUUUAUCCGGGGCAGUUUCUCUUAUUUGGAGCUUGCUCACCGGAAACUUCUUUAACGUUUUAAAACAAAUUCCGGUUAUUGGUGUCGUUUUGUCUGCUUUGGUGUCUGCUUUGGCUUCGGUCAAUAGCUCCUUGAGCCUUCAGAGUUUACUAAGUGGAGCUGCCAAUGUGAGGAAAUUGAUUUUAGGUUUUAUCCAGAUUAUAACUGGAAUCAGUCUUGGAGUGUCGUCUUCGAUCAUAUCUCAAGUUAAGACUCUAUUGGAGGCUAGCUCAAGUAUAAGCGGAUGCGUUAAAGUUAGCUUAUCAGUCUGCAUCUCUUCGUCUUGUAGCAGCUAAGUAGAUUGUCAAGCAAUUCGAGAUUUUUUUAGAUGUAAGUGGUGUAUGUACGUAUUUUUUUAACAAAAAAUAAAUGGUAUGCACAGAGUA